AUGGCGGAUGGAGCAUGGAUAAGUUCCGAAACUGAAGACGAAAUUUAUGAUCGAGCCUUGGUAUUGGGAAGGAAGGACAUCAGAAAUGAGUUUGAGAGGCUGGAAAAGAAUCCACCAGAUGGAUGCUACAUCAAAGCAAAUCAUGAUGAUGAUGAUUUGCUUUACUGGGAAGCUACUGUCUUUGGACCGAAAGGUAGCCUGUAUGAAGGUGGUGUCUUUGACAUAACGCUCAAAUGCAUAGCCGAGAAUCCCUUCGUGUUGCCCGACGUGACUUUCAUCACCAAUAUUUACCAUCCGAUCGUCAAGCGACAUAGCAAGAUAUGCGAGUGGUGUUUGUUGAGGAAUGUUGAUGCUUAUAAUUCGGGCUCUUGGCAUAAAAGUAUGGCUUGUGUGCUUGCAAGGCAUUUCACACCCAGUUUACCUACUAUUGUAUUCUCGUAUCAAUUUUCUGAAGUGCAACUCGCAUACAGCAACGCCUCUACCAAGUCUUUCUCUACCUUUCCUCAGGAUUUCGUCUCUACCGGCACCGGCGCCGUCGACCGUGCGCGGGUAACACAACAGGCUGCAUCAAGAAGCGGAAUCGGACCACCAAAGAUCACACCACUUUCGGCCGCGUGA